UUGGGUACAAACGUCCACAUGGAUCUACCCGAUUGGUUAUGGAUGACCCAAAACAAAGCCCUAGAAUACAAGCAUCAAUAAUUCAUCAUUCUCCUAAUCCCCUCUGUAUUCUUGCUGGCAACAACACUCUCUUCUCCAUCUAUUUCUAUCUCUAUAUCUCCGAUUCCCUUAAACCCUACACAAAAACAUCCAAACACCUUGCAAUUCCAGGUGUUAUAUUAUAUCAUCAUCAUCAUCAAACUUCAUAUGCCCUAAAAAUCCAACCACAAAACAUGUUUAAUCUUCAACCACUUCUAUCCCCAAUUGUUUUUCUGCUCACAAUUGCCACCGUUUUCUGCAUUUCAACCUCCGAAGAAACUAAAACCAUAUACGAAGUUCUUAAAUCAAACGGAUUGCCCAUGGGUUUGUUACCCAAAGGUGUCACCAAUUUCACCAUUGAUGAUUCCGGUCGAUUCGAAGUGCAUUUGGAUCAAGCUUGUAAUGCUAAGUUUGAGGACGAAUUGCACUACGAUCAGAAUGUUUCCGGUACCUUGACGUAUGGUCAGAUCGAUGGAUUGUCGGGUAUUUCCGCCCAGGAUUUGUUUUUGUGGUUUCCUGUUAAGGAAAUCCGGGUCGAUAUACCCAGUUCCGGAUUGAUUUACUUCGAUGUCGGUGUUGUUUCUAAGCAAUUUUCUCUAUCUUCGUUUGAAACACCAAGGGAAUGUUUGGCUUCUUCAAAUCAGCUCAUCGUUCAAACUGUAUCCAAGACUCUAUCAAGAAAGCUGGGAAUCCAGAAAAGCAAGCAUCAAGAACAGUUGAUGACACUUUUAUGAAAUUUGAAGCUUAAAGAUGAUUGGAAGUGGCACAAUUUCUCAAUCAAGUUAUGGGUAUUUCCAUUUCUUGCAUCUACACUUGUUCUUCAGGAAGUCAAAAAAAACAAAAAAAAAAAAUCUCGUGUGCUUCCUUUUUCGGUUUUCUUUGUAUAGUGUAGAUUCUGCAAACUAGUCUCGAAUGUCAGCUUCUGUCUAUGCAACAUUUUCACAAUGGAUUGAACUUGAAGAAAACACGAUAUAUACAUAAACACACCAUAUAAGCAAGUGACAAAAUGACCUUGCUUCCAUGAUUCAUUGAGAUUCAGUCCUAUCGGAUUUACACAAGGAAUGCAAGUUCUUAUACAAGUGGAGCAAGGAUCAAAGGUUACAAACCAGGUGAUGACACGUGUUUAUUUCACUUAAAUUCAUUAGGAAUAUGAACAUAAAACAUUUGUUGGCAAAUCAGUUCUCUUUUUGUAGUCAUAAGUUUCUUUGAUAGAAGAAAUAAAGGAAUAAAAUUGCAUUCUUGUUGUCACCA